AUGUGUAAGCGGUUUGAAGAUGGCUUAAACCAAGAUAUAAAACUAUUAGUCGGGAUCCUUGAGUUGAAAGAAUUUGUUGUACUAGUUGAUCGGCCACGUAAAGCUGAAGAGAUUAGUAAAGAGAAAAGAAACGCUGAAAUUGAAGCCAUAGACUCAAGAAAGAGAUUGACGGAAAAGUCAUACCAAGAUUGCCCGGAGAAAUCUGAGAAAGAUAAUAUUCAAACUUCGAGGCCAAACAACAUAGCUACGAGAGGUAGAAUACCUUGUAAUCCUAGAAAUGUGAGUGGAAAUUGUGGUGUGAUGAAAGACUCUACUGUUAGAUUCGAGGCACGAACACCAACUAGGGCUUAUGCUAUUCUUGCAUGCGGAGAUGCUGCUGCGUUAGAUGUUAUUACUGGUACUUUCUCUCUUGUUGAUACUAAUGUAACUGCUUUAAUUGAUCCCGGAUCGACUCAUUUAUAUGUUUGCACGAAUUUAGUGUCUAGUAAAAAUUUACCUCUUGAGUCCAUUGAAUUGUCCGUUAAUGAUUCGGGACAAAAACAUAUCAUAUUGAAAUGUCAGAAUGGUAAGAUGCUUCAUAUUGAAUCAGAUAAAUUGAGUGGGUUGCUUAUUGUGAUAUCAACUAUGUCAACAAAGAAAUAUGUUAGAAAAGGUUGUAAUGCUUACCUUACUUAUGUAUUGGAUACUAAAGUGUCUGAUUCGAAGCUUGAAUCAGUGUCAGUGGUUUGCGAGUAUCCUGGUGUGUUUCCAGAGGAGUUACCUGGAUUACCGUAG